GAGAGAGAGAGAGAGAGAGCGCCAGAGAGAAGGAGAGCGAGCGCCAGAGAGACUAGACCCAAUCCUAUGGGUUGGGUGUUUAGAAGCUGCUUGACAGGUCUGCGCGUGAAGCUAAAUGACUGCUCGUGCGACUACCCGGAAAACAGCGCGAGGACUCAGAGAAGCAGAGGAGAUGAAGGCUCGUGCGGCGAUUCUCUCCUUUUAACGAGCCCGAAGUUCCCCGGAUUUAUUACCAUCUACCAACAACAUGUCGGCGUCCGCUGUGUUCAUCCUGGACCUGAAGGGCAAGGUGCUGAUCUGCCGUAACUACAUGGGCAACACAGACAUGAACCAGAUCGAUCACUUCAUGCCCCUCCUCAUGAAGAAGGAGGAGGAUGGGGAGAUCACCCCCAUCAUCACCCACGGCAACACGCACUUCCUGUGGAUCAAGCACAGCAACCUCUACUUGGUGGCUACGACCAGGAAGAACGCCAACGCCGCCCUGGUAUACUCCUUCCUCUAUAAAAUCACACAGGUGUUCAAGGAGUACUUCAAGGAGCUAGAGGAGGAGAGUAUCCGGGACAACUUUGUGACGGUGUACGAACUGAUGGACGAGGUCAUGGACUUUGGCUUCCCACAGACGACCGACAGCAAGAUCCUGCAAGAGUACAUCACUCAGCAGGGCCACAAGCUGGAGGUGGGGGCCCCCCGGCCCCCGGCCACCGUGACCAACGCCGUGUCCUGGCGCUCCGAGGGCAUCAAGUACCGGAAGAACGAGGUGUUCAUGGACGUCAUCGAGUCCGUCAACCUACUGGUGAGUGCGUCGGGCAGCGUGCUCAGCAGUGAGAUCCUCGGCUCCGUGAAGCUGAGGACGGUUCUCUCCGGUAUGCCGGAGCUCCGGCUGGGCCUCAACGACAAGGUGCUCUUCGAGAUCACCGGCAGGGAGAAGAGCAAGGCGGUGGAGCUGGAGGACGUGAAGUUCCACCAGUGUGUGCGUCUGUCGCGCUUCGAGAACGACCGCACCAUCUCCUUCAUCCCCCCGGACGGCGAGAGCGAGCUCAUGUCCUACCGGCUGAACACCACGGUGAAGCCCCUCAUUUGGAUCGAGAGCGUGAUUGAAAAAUUCUCCCACAGCCGAGUGGAGAUCAAAGUCAAGGCCCGGAGUCAGUUUAAGAGCCGCUCCACAGCCAACAACGUGUCCAUCCUGGUCCCCGUGCCCAGCGACGCCGACUCGCCCCGCUUCAAAACCAGCAUGGGCAGCGCCAAGUGGGUCCCGGAGCAGAACGUGGUGCAGUGGACCAUCAAGUCCUUCCCGGGCGGUAAGGAGUACAUGAUGAGGGCGAGCUUCGGGCUGCCCAGCGUGGAGAGCGACGAGCUGGAGGGCAAGCGGCCAAUCACAGUCAACUUUGAGAUCCCCUACUUCACCGUGUCAGGGAUCCAGGUUCGCUAUUUGAAGAUCAUCGAGAAGAGCGGCUACCAGGCGUUACCAUGGGUGCGCUACAUCACGCAGAGCGGAGAUUACCAGCUGCGGACCACCUAAAGGCCCCUUGAGACCAACAGAUGAAUCCUUCCUCUCCUUCUGCUCCGUCUCCUGCUGUCUGCCUCCCAUCUCCCCUCCUCACUGUCGAGGGACCAGCCCAGAGGAGAAGGUUACCCCGGCCUGGGGACUGGUUCUCUCCACCCUGCUGGAGCUAAUGAGGCUCCUCAGGCCUCCAGAACCUCCACCUCAGAGAUUCUCCACAAUAUUUAAAUAUAUUUUUGUUUUUAGAAAGGAAAUCAAUAGUAAAGAAAUUAUUCCACAGUGCCACGACACCAUGCAAAGUGCACGUUAUAUAGUGUGUGGGUACACCAGCAAUAUUCUCUACUACGACUUCCAAGCUGUAAAACAAUAACAUUGUUUGUUCGCCUUUUAGAUCUUUUAUAACCACAGGGCAUACACUUCUCGUCAACAUGUCCUCAAAAUUGAAUCGUGGCUUUAACCUAUCUUAAGGACCAGGAAAUGAGUCUGUUCCUCUUGUAACAUUAUUAGAACCCGACGUUAGCCUGAAUCAAUUGGAACCAGCAGCGACCAAGUUAUUUACCUAAAUGUUUUUUUACUACUUGAAAUUAAAUGAAAGGCCUCCUGUGGCCUUGGGACUGUU